AUGGUCCCCCAGACUCUCCACCACACCUCCCCCAGAAACCCCACCACACCUCCCCCAGACUCCCCACCACACCUCCCCCAGACUCUCCACCACACCUCCCCCAGACUCCCCACCACACCUCCCCCAGACUCCCCACUACACCUCCCCCAGACUCCCCACCACACCUCCCCCAGAUUCCCCACCACACCUCCCACAGACUCCCCACCACACCUCCCCCAGACUCCCCACCACACCUCCCCCAGACUCCCCACUACACCUCCCCCAGACUCCCCACUACACCUCCCCCAGACUCCCCACUACACCUCCCCCAGAUUCCCCACCACACCUCCCACAGACUCCCCACCACACCUCCCCCAGACUCCCCACCACACCUCCCCCAGAUUCCCCACCACGCCUCCCACAGACUCCCCACUACACCUCCCCCAGACUCCCCACCACACCUCCCCCAGAUUCCCCACCACACCUACCACAGACUCCCCACGACACCUCCCCCAGACUCCCCACCACACCUCCCCUAGAUUCCCCACCACACCUCCCACAGACUCCCCACCACACCUCCCCUAG